AUCUGCAAUCUGCACCUCUGUUCUGUCUUUCAAAGAAACGGAUCGAGAUGACCACAGUCACCCCUUUGGGGGCUACCACCUUUUUCUCAUUGAACAUGACCACCAGGGGAGAAGACUUCCUGUAUAAGAGUUCGGGCGCCAUCGUCGCUGCCAUUGUGGUGGUUGUCAUUGUCAUCUUCACCGUGGUUCUGAUCCUGCUGAAGAUGUACAACAGGAAAAUGAGGACCAGGCGAGAACUGGAGCCCAAGGGCCCCAAGCCAGCCUCCUCUUCUGCCCUGAGCCCAAACAACAACAACAGCCAACAGCCUGCCACUGUAACCUUCACCCCUGUUGAUGUCCACAUGGAGAACCGAUGACGACACCGCCAUCACCACCACAUUACCUGUGCUCUCUCAGCCACUGUCCCAAGAGCAUUCUCCAGAAUCAAGACCAAGAAGCACAUUUCUCCUCUGGCUGCUUCACCUUAGUUCUUCCAGUCACGUCAAAGGAAGCAUCUUUGUCUGCGGUCUCUGAUGCUUCCUUCAUGCAACCCUGGGUGCCAUCCCGCUCUGCCACCCCACCCAUACCCAUAUCCCUGCUUUCCUCCUCCCAGAAAGCGACAGGACUUUGUUUUGUCAUCUGAUAAGGUAGAGCUAUGUUGGAAAUCCACUGAGAAGGGUUUGGGUUUCUCUCCCCGCACACAGCAUUGCUAGACAGACAGACAGACAUAUAGCUCAGGGGUCUUAUGGCCAGGUGCUUGGUGUCAAGGUUUGCUUCUGAGAACCUCACAAUAGGGUCUGCCCCUGGAGUCAUCUCAGAAUCGGCAUCAAACCCACAGCUUUGUAGCAAAAUAUUCAAUCCCAACACCAGGCAAAGGGGAAUUUGUUUUGACUAACUUGGCAGAAAACCUUUCUUUUCCAGUUGUAAGGGACCACUGGUUAGCUCCUAAUAACUGGUCAGCUUGUUUCCCUCCUUAAGAGGAGUUACAGGAAAGCCUGAGUUCUCAAAAGGUUUCUACUUCACUUGUAUAGGGAGCAAAACCUCACUGCCAUCGAUCGGUUGAUUCCAACUCAUCUAUUCCUACGGAGUCAGAGUGAAAGGACCGUGAGCAAUAACUGCCUUUGGUUGAGUGUGCUGCUGGAGCAAUCCUGAUGGCUGGUCAGGGCUCCUCAACGACAGGGCUGAGCAACCCUGACCCUGUUCCAGUUCUUGGUCCCAAAGAGCGGAAUUCCAACAGCCCGACUCUCCUGUGAACACUUUCCCCCCACUGACCAGUAUUUGGAGACUGAUUAUAACUCUGUUUGUCACCUGUGCCCUUCCAGGUCACCUUGCGGAGAUUCAAGGAAUAUUGAACGCACCACACAAGCUUCACAAACCAUUUCUCUGUAUGGAGCUGAUCUCUGACUCUUUAGCCUGGAAAGCCAUCUACUGACAGGGAAAAACAAUUUGAAAACAGGAAGACCCUCUUCCUUCUUGUGUGGCCUGGGAAAAGUGAUCCGUUUCCUAGCCCUUCAGAGACAUAGUAACAGACUUCUCCUAGUGUUUGAUACCUGUAGUUAAGGGCAGUCAAUACUGACUCAUAUCAACGCUAUCGAACAGAGUAGGGCUGCCCUGUAGAGUUGUCUAAUCUUUAUGGGAGAAGCCCUGGCAACGCAGUGGUUCAGUGUUCCAUUGCUAACCCAAAGGUCAGUGGUAUGACCCCACCAGCAGCUCCAGGGGAGGAAGAUGUGGCAGGCAGCAUCGGUAAAGGUGCAGGUAUUAUGUGCCAAAUAAAGGAGCCCCAUGGGAUGGUUCUGCCUGGGUCUGAGUCAGAAGUCGUUUGACCACAGGCAGCAGCAGUAACAGCCUUUACAGGAACACAUCACAGGGCUUUUCUUCUAGGCAGCAGCUGGUGGGUUUGAACCACUGACCUUUGAGUUAACAGCACUUAAUCAUUGAGUGCCGGGGGCUCCUUUGCUUGGCACAUAAUAGCUGUAUAAAAAGAGGGAGCCAGCCAGCAUGCUCCUGAAAUGAGGAUGUAUCCUAUAAUUAAUAGGUCUGUUGAUGUCAUUUUUAGAUCAAUUGUGCAUCUUACAAUUGGUGGCCUCUCAGAAGCAAGGAAAUAAUAAAUCCUUCUGUUACAGAAAGUGAUGUGCUCUGCUUUUUAACCUCAAGUUGAUGGGAGUCUCUCUCCCUUUUGUGGCUAGAAAUCCCUUUUGAGGGGAAAUCGAGGCUCAGAAAGGAAGGAGACAUGUCCCAGGCCACCCAGAUGAUGCCACCCCACGAUUCAAACACUUGAGUGAUCUGAAGAAAUGCUGGCUGGUUCCUCUCCCCAGCCACUCUUCCCCUCGCAUGCGGAGAUGUCCACCCCGAAGAGCCAGGAGCUUCGCAAGGCGCUUUCCCAGAAAUCAUCUCAUAGGCUCUAAUUUUCCCAAUAGCCCCGAGGAAUUUGGUUUUCCCAUUUUACAAAUAAGAAACAGGGGCUAAAGUAGCAAAGGAACUUUUCUGAAUCCCACAGCUCGUCCAGUUGCAAACCCUAGACUCAGAAUCCAUUCUCUCUGACUCCAAAGUCCAUCUUGUUAUUCCCUCACGUGCAUGCCUGGCCCUCCUGCCUCAAAGAAGCACAGACUCUUCGUGGGCUGAGCAAACGGAGGGCAGACCAGUCCAUCGGGCUUGAACGGAGCGUCCACUUGAGCUGACAGUGGGUACCCAGCCACUUCAGGAGCUCCCAUCGGGCCUCCAUUAGCGCAGCCAACGGAGCUGUCUAAGCUCGGCUCCAUUCAGCCCAGCACUGUGGCCCCAACAGCAGGAAGAGGAAGGAUAUCUAACCAGGGCAAAGCCAUGUCUUAGACCCCAAGCUUUCUUGCCUCCCCUAAGUGUAUUCUGCUUAAAGAGGCUUUUUGUUUUGUUUUAUUUUUUUAAUGUUUGAAAAGCUGCGAUCAUAAAACCCACUUCUUUUACCCACAGUGGAAUCUUCCUGGGUUAUCCCCCGUCUGUGUUCAUCAAAUAAGUGAAGGGUCGGAAGAGGAGGAAAAAGGGGAAGUGGAGUAGUCAGGAGAGAGAGAAAAGGAAUUUAGUGCCAUGUUCAUAACUAAUGGAGAUAAGCUCAAUAAUCGUCAUUUCAGAGCUCCUAUGUGCAAGUUGAGGUGCUACUAAACAUUAAAAUGUGGCCCCUGCCCCCGGAGCCUGCAGUCAGGCUCAUGUGGCGGGGAUCUUACAACGUGGUUAUGUAUUUCAUUUCUGACAACAUGCCUUUCUAAACCGAGCAGGGGCUGCCUUAUUUGGCCACCUGACUCAAUAAAAUAGAUUAAGUGCUUAAAGAAAAAAGAUUUUGCAAAUAAAAAGAUUUCAAUCAAA